CCGCAGCACGCUGUGGCUGCCUUUCGUCAUUACGCUCAGUACAAUCAACAAGACGUAUUCUUGAUGGGAUGCCUUCGUGUUCCAUCGAUAGCCCAUCCACCUGGCUCUCCUGAUAUUCUCAAUAAACAGGAUCUGCCCAGACAUGAGGCUAGACAGAGGCGCCUAUGGGUUCUCCUCUCAGUCAAUACAGCGACUUCAGCUUGUGCUCUGUCUUGGCUCGAUAUGAAGACUGAAAAAGGAUUUUACAUCGCUGUGCACAAAUCCGGCGAUACCCUACUGGCUCAUGCAAGCAAGCACUAUCUGAACAGUCAGCUCAGGAGUGCUGGAGCCAAUCGGGAUUGGGAUUUCGAGAAUGUUCCAACUACGCCGCUGGAUAACGAUUCGAAUGCAGCUCUGCUCUAUGCAAUCGAACUGUUUCGCCUUCGAAUCCUGGAAUCUACUGAUUUCUACCAAUCACCUAGUGGCUGUCCAGACUGGAGGCAAGCUCUCUAUCUUAACCAUAGAGAAACUGCACAAAAUGUGGAAGAAUGGGGUGCGGAGAUGGCUAUGACAAGCCUGCACUGCCAGGCCUUCUCCUAUGAGCUGGGACACAGCAACUAUACGCGAUAUCCUGAUCGGCCAUUAAGAAGGAGUGCCUCACUUCAAGAAUACAAGGCUGUACAAGUGGAAGCCGGUAGGGUACUGAACAUAACCUACAAGCCGAAUGUUACCUUCUUCGUGGGAGGAGUUGCAGACUUGCCUGAACUGUCUAUUGAAGGCGAUCUCGACAGGAUGAGGAGGGACAUAUCAGCCUUUGCCCUGGAGGAUUUCAGAGCGAGUAGGGCACCCAGCCUAGUUCCGUCAAGACAACAGUCCCGAGAGAGCACAGCUCCAGCUGGCCCGAUCUUGCGUUCAUCAAGAGGACGUAGUAUCAGCUCAGAGUUAAGUCGACUCCCAUCCGGAACUCCUACCGAUCCUUACUCCUCUUCACCUCGAGGAACGCCUGUCGGUCCAGGACCGACAAUCAACCUGUCAAUGCAGCAAACAGCUAGGCCUGGACGUGCUACUGAAGCCCCAUUGCAUCAGAGACUGAGAAGCAGCAACAUCAUGCCUCCCAGUUUUCCUGAUAGACCUCAGGAGCCUCGUGUGCCUCUAUGGAAUGAGCUUCAUAGCCUUAACCCUAUCAGGCCCUCAGUGGGUUCUCCGAACUGGACAGGGUUCGAUCAUGCUAUCAAGAUGGAUAUGUAUGAAGCGGACUGCGAAAGGAUCCGUCGAGUGAGAAUGCAGAAUCAGGAGAGAACUGCUGCUGCUGCUGCUGCUCGAGCAGAGUUUGAGAGCAGACGGGGACAGAGAAGAGGUCAGCGUUAGGAUCUGUCCAGGUCGUGCCCGUGUUACGAAUGGACUGAAGAUGGAUACUGAUACUCCUGCGUUGAUUUGAAUGAUGGCUCAAGCGAUAGGGAGAGGCAUGAGGGUUGAAUUGGGGGGAUGGUUCGGUUUGCAGUGUUUCCUUUGGCAGUUUGCGAUGAAUUCUUUAUUUCUUUACUUCAUCUCCCUCUGAUCAGACCUGGCACACCAUUGGACUUGUCGCAACUUUGGAAGAAAGUUGCUGGGGGAGGACUGUUGUGGUGGCCAGGGUGGUAGUCCGUGGGACGUGGAGUACAGUGGGUCAAGGGUCCUCAUACAUAUAAAGGAUACCACCCACUUUUCAAAUUCUUUAGCUAUAAGCAACAAUCAAGCAUCCUUUUCUCUUCUUUUC